UUUAGUCGGCGACUGAGUGUCGCGAGUGUAGUUCGUUGAUGUAGUGAGUUGGUUAUCUUUCAGCAUACGAAGCGUAAUGUAGAGGCGCGGGAGAGGCAAAAGCGUACGGACGCUUUCGAUUCCGUGGGAGAUCUCGUCAGACCUGGCGGACAGAUGCGUGCGAGGCGAAGUACACUUCAGCGGCUUCAGUGUGCCACUGAUUGUGAGUAGCAAAGCUUAGUGAGCGCGCGCGCGCGUGCGAGCGGCAAAUUGUGUGGAUCUUUUUCGUGUUUUUUUCGACAUGGCAGGGAUAUACCGUUAUCCAUGAACGUUUCUCCAUCUCAAUGCCUCCCCUAAAGGUGUACACAUCGAAGGGUAUUCCCUAAACACUGAACUGAGAUCGAUCAAGAGGGGAACCGGUACAUGGAAGUUUCCUCGUAGGGAGAACAACGCGGAUACAGCAAGCGGAGAAGCGAUCCUGCAGAGCAAGAUUCGCAAGGAUGGUUGGCAACGUGUCGAGCGGAUGGAUGAGGAAGAUCCUCCUCUUCCUUGUUUUGAUAACCGGGAUCCUGCUGAUCGCCAUGUACGCGCAUGCUCCGCCACUCGCCUCCCUUCAGCCGUUCUCGUCGCGACGACUGAAGGAGUUGCAACGAGGCUUGGUUACUUUCCUGGUCGGUAAUGAAAGCACGAAGAGACCCGAAGAACGGCUCUACGAGUAUCUGGAAGAGCCUAGGACGUUUCAGAGCCCGUGGUCUUGGGUGUGCGUGGCCGGGAGGUGCGAGAGGAGGGCGGUGAGGUCGUCGAGGACCUCGUUGGCGAGUUGUAUCGCGCUCUGCGGCGGGAACACGAGGCUCCUGUGGCCGAGGCCGACCGGAAACGUGGUGCUGGGCGAGGAGAGCGUGAUCGUGCACCUGCAGCAAAUCGAAUUCGUCACGGUGAACACGAGCGAUCAAGAGACGAGGAAUCUGUUGGAGCACGCCAAGGACGUUUUCAUCGGGAACGUCAGGAGUUUGAUAAAGACGCCGAACGCGAGAAGCAGGCCGGGCGUGGACGCGUUCGUGAUAUAUUUAUCGGCGGGCACGGGAGGGGCGAGCGGGCCCAGCCUUGACGUGGACGAGUGGUACACGGUGGACGUGGUGGGCAGGGGGAGGGGGCUGGAGGCUCGAGUGGUGGGGAGGAGCUACUUCGGGGCGAGGCACGGUUUGGAGACCCUCGGCCAGAUGAUCUGGUGGGACGAGAGCGCGGGGCGGGAGGGCGGGUUGCGGGUUCUUUCGAGGGCCUCGGUCGAGGACAAGCCCGCGUUCCCUUACAGAGGGUUGCUGAUCGACACGGGCAGGCAAUUCUUCCCUGUCGAGCGUUUGAAACGAGUGAUCGACGGGAUGGCGGCGUCCAAGUUGAACACGUUCCACUGGCACCUGUCCGACUCGCAGAGCUUCCCAUUCGACUCGGCCCAGUUCCCGGAAAUGGCGAGGUGGGGGGCGUACAGCGGGGACCAGAUAUACACGCCCGACGACGUCAAGGAUCUGGCUGAUUACGCGAGGAUACGGGGAGUCCGGGUCCUCGUCGAGAUCGACUCACCGGCGCACGCCGGCGCUGGCUGGCAGUGGGGGACGGAGUACGGUUACGGGGAGCUGGCACUGUGCGUUGAUCAGCAGCCAUGGUCGUCGUAUUGCGGGGAGCCGAAUUGCGGCCAGUUGAAUCCCAUCAACGAGCACACGUAUCGAAUACUCGAGGGCCUGUACAAGGAGCUGCUCGAGCUGACCGAGAUCCGGGACGUGGUGCACCUCGGCGGGGACGAGGUGAACCUCGACUGCUGGGCCCAGUACGGGAACAUCACGGCAGCGAUGCAGGCGCAGAACAUGACCGACCACCACGCCAUGUGGGCCGAGUUCGAGACGAAGAUGCUGCACAGGCUGGUUAGGGCGAACCGCGACGAGACGCCCAAGGCCGUGAUCCUGUGGAGCUCCCCGUUGACCAAGAGGCCCUACAUCACCAUGUACUUCGAUCCCAAGAUCCACGUGAUCCAAUCGUGGGGGGGCAGCAACUGGCCCGAGACGCCCGACCUUCUCGAGGACGGUUUCAGGGUGAUCCUCUCCCACGUGGACACGUGGUACCUCGACUGCGGCUUCGGCAGGUGGAGGGAGACGGGGGAGGCCGCCUGCGGCGAGUACCGCACCUGGCAGACCGUCUACAACCACAGGCCGUGGAGGGACUACCCCCAGCAGCAUUGGGGCCUAGUGUUGGGCGGGGAGGCGGCGAUAUGGAGCGAGCAGACGGGCGACGCGUCGUUGGGCCCUCGCCUCUGGCCCAGAGCCUCCGCCCUCGCCGAGAGAUUAUGGAGCGACACGCCGACCAACGGUUACUCGACCGACGAGAACGUGUACACGAGGCUGGCCGCGCACAUGGAGCUUCUCACCAGCCGGGGAUUGAAGACGGAGGCGAUGUGGCCGCAGUGGUGUUCCCAGAACCCGGGCAAGUGUCUCUGACCGUUCCUCACCAACCCGUACACCUUCGACCGGAAUUGCUGCACGCGUGGUCGAGCGGGGGAACGAGCCGAGGCGAGCUCGUCGUCGGGCCUUUCUUCGCUCGUCGAGCUGGCCCUCCCAUUUUGAGGGAAUGGAAAGAAAGAAAGGAAGGAAGAAAGAAAUCGACGGAGGGAUCGGUGAAACGAAACACCGAUUCGAGGAGAUCGAAUUGAAAGGAUGGAGGGAAAGGAAGAAAAGGAGAUUCGCUUCGAUUUCUCGUUUCUCUUGCCUGGGGAUAACGAUAAAAUGAGUUUUGAGUUUUUCCUCACUUCCCCACGAAAAAA